CCAAGGCUUGUCCAAUUCCUGUCAACUCCAAGGAUGUGGAAGAAAUUUCGUGUGAGACAAGCAAGUCUGCGGAGAUGUUUAAAACCCAGGACCCUGGUGCCUUCACUUAGACGAAUCUAAGUUCUCAUUCUACGUCACACUCCACACGUAGUGACAGAGAGCCACACGGCCAGGUGAAAGUGCACACACAUCCAGCGUGCACACACACUCUCCGUGGGAGCCUUCCUCAUCCUGUCCUUCCCUCAGCACUGGAGUCCGGGACUUCCCAGAGGAACAGAACAGGACCAGUUGGAGUGUUCCUUCAGGUAAAUCCUCCUGGAACUUGUACCAACUAGUUUUUGACUGACAGCGAGCAGCGAGAGACUUUUCUUCACUCUGAGAGAACCAACCCAAACACCGAUCUUUCCCAAGGCGACCUGUAUCACCAGGGCCAUUUCUUUGCCAGGCCACCGCCUGCCUGCUAGCCAGGAGCCCGGGGCAUCCCUGCAGGCAGAAGCAGCAUCCCCUGGUAGCCAGGUGGGUGAAGGGGAGCGAGCACCUUCCACCCGCCUUGAAGAAGACGCCUUCUGACCUGCUGAGGGAGUGACCAGGUGGUCCCAAGAGCCUGACAAUGGACGCCGUUCACCUCAGCAUGUCCAGCGCUCCCCUCGUGAGGCAGCCUUCAGGAGGCGGACUCAAGACCAACAGGCCCCGAGUCAUGUCCAAGAGUGGGCACAGCAAUGUGCGAAUUGACAAAGUGGAUGGCAUAUACUUACUCUACCUUCAAGACUUGUGGACCACCGUCAUCGACAUGAAGUGGAGAUACAAGCUCACCCUGUUUGCCGCCACGUUCGUGAUGACGUGGUUCCUUUUUGGAGUGAUCUACUACGCCAUCGCGUUCAUUCACGGGGACUUAGAGCCGAGCGAGGACGUUUCGAAUCACACCCCCUGCAUCAUGAAGGUGGACUCUCUCACUGGGGCGUUUCUCUUUUCCCUGGAAUCCCAGACGACCAUUGGCUACGGAGUCCGUUCCAUCACGGAGGAAUGCCCUCAUGCCAUUUUCCUGUUGGUCGCUCAGCUGGUCAUCACAACCUUGAUUGAGAUCUUCAUCACAGGCACCUUCCUGGCCAAGAUUGCCAGACCCAAAAAGCGGGCGGAGACCAUCAAGUUCAGCCACUGCGCGGUCAUCACCAAGCAGAACGGGAAGCUGUGUUUGGUGAUCCAGGUGGCCAACAUGAGGAAGAGCCUCCUGAUCCAAUGCCAGCUCUCUGGCAAGCUCCUGCAGACCCAUGUCACCAAGGAGGGGGAGCGGAUCCUGCUCAACCAAGCCACCGUCAAAUUCCACGUGGACUCCUCUUCGGAGAGCCCCUUCCUCAUUUUGCCCAUGACAUUCUACCACGUGCUGGAUGAGACGAGCCCCCUGAGAGACCUCACGCCCCAAAACCUGAAGGAAAAGGAGUUUGAGCUCGUCGUCCUCCUCAAUGCCACCGUGGAAUCCACCAGCGCGGUCUGCCAGAGCCGCACGUCUUAUAUCCCAGAGGAGAUCUACUGGGGCUUUGAAUUUGUGCCUGUAGUUUCUCUCUCCAAGAACGGAAAGUACGUGGCUGAUUUCAGUCAGUUCGAACAGAUCCGAAAGAGCCCAGAUUGCACCUUUUACUGUGCGGAUUCUGAGAAGCAGAAACUUGAGGAGAAGUACAGGCAGGAGGAGCAGAGGGAAAGGGAGCUGAGAACUCUUUUGUUACAACAGAGCAACGUCUGAUGUCAGUGAACGCCCCGGGUUGAACCCUGGGAGCCCUUUCCGCGUCCGAGCUCCCUUAGAAUGCAGAGGUCACCGUGAAAACGUGAAGGUGUGGAUUCACCCUAAAAAGCUGCACACACAUACAAAAUCACCUCCGCCCCUUGGAUCUAGUGCCUAAGCAAUCAUCGCCACGUUUGAGGAGUUUCUCUUCCAAUGCUUUGUCUGCAGCGAACUCUCAAAAUUCGUAUUUCCUAAAAUGGGGCUACAUUUCCACAAACUUGGUGUAGGGCAAUUGAAAUAAUGUCCUGCCGGGUGGACAGACAGUUAGCAAUGCUGGUAUUGAAAGGAAGUGCAUUUCUAUACAGGAUAUCAGCCAUCAUAUAAGAUAUUUAUUCAAAAGGAUUAUCAAAGACGUUAUGGCCGAGAGUUGAAAUGUGGUUCGGUAUUCCUUUAUACCAUUGCUUUAAAGCACCCUCUUCUUUUCAAGGAGAGAAAAUGCUAUAUAUACAAUGGAAGCUACUGAUAAUACAUAAAAAGGGGCAAGGGACUCUGUGCUCACAAAAAUCAUAGUUCCGUUUAUGCCUUUCUUCGUUGGAUUGAAUUGUGGGAGUGAAAUUGAUCAAACCAGGGGUAAACAGUUGAGAAAACAUACACAAAUGGACUUGAUGCUAUUAAUUUUUUGGUCGGAAUGUACUGCUAUUUUCUAUUCAACACCAGCAACAUCAGCACCAUCUGGGAGCUUAUUAGCAAUAUAGGCUCUGAGGCCCCAUCCGGACUUAGAGAAUCAGAGGCUGUCCCUUAACAAGACCUCCAAGUGAUUUGUAUACAAAGGAAAGUCUGAAAAACGUCCACUCUGAAAGUUUUCAAGGGAACUUUCUGAAGCCACGGGACCCCAUGGGUCCCAAACCCAUUUGGCCCCUGGACCCGUCCUUCUUUCUUCAGCUUGUCAUCAUGGGCCAAUAGUUUUGUCAGCCGUCUCCUUCCUCAUCUGCAAAGGAAGUGCCACUGAUAUUCCAAGAUUGAAAAAGUUACUUGAGAGGAACGGCUGUCAUGCUAAAGCACAUGCUUGUUGGCUCUAGUUAGCACAAAAGAAAAUGAAGCCACAUUACAAUCGGAAACUUGCUCAGAUGUUGAAGUCCACAGGGUUGGAUGGGGCCAUGAAGAACACAAGGGGUGAGGAUAAUGAAUUCGUAUACAGAUGACUCCUUGGGGCAUGAACUUUGGUAAUCUUAUAACGUGCAAAGAAUGCCCCCAGCAUUUAAAUAAAUCUCAUGCAACUGAGUCUUACAGGGGUAACAUUUUGCUCUUGGCAGAAUCUAGGGGCCAGGAACCACAUUUCUUUGGGGCAAAGAAUAUACGUGGGGCCGGGACUAGCUAAAUGUGCCACAGGUGAAUUCUCAUUUCAUUCAAACCGGGGUCAAUUUGUGUAUUCACUCAAGAAGAAUGUGACUGUAAGUGGGGAGGCACUGUUUAGACAUACACACGAGCCCACAUAUAUGUACACACACGGACACACACACGCAUGCACGCACGCACAUCCUGGCUUUUCAAGCAUAAUUGUGGAAACGAUCAAUGAAAGAUGUUUGCGAUGAAGAGAGCCAGUCCUCAACAAAUACGCUCAUAGAUGUUUUAUUCUAUAAAGAUGGGGACACUGGGGCUCAGAAGAAAAAGGGAAAGCAAUCUGGAUUCAGGUUAUCGGGGAAAUGACGACACGGAUUACAGCAAAUCCGGCCCUAUCUUCAGGCUACCACAUUUUCAAAUGUCCUUCCACGUAAGAGAAGAUGUGGCUCACCAUCUGACUGGGGGCUGAACACUUAAUGCAGAUGUAAGAACAACGGGGGUAAAGUUAGUGAUAGAGGGGGUUUAAAGAACAAUCUCAAUGUACAAGAGGCUUUUCUUUUAUUAUUCAGGAAUUGUUUUUUCUCUUUCUGUUGAUAAUUUAAUGGCAGAUUGUUUUAGAUCUUUAUUCUCUUAACGAAAUUGCAUAUACAGACAUUAGCCCUUUUAGUUAUUUUAUGGUUUUUUUUUUAUUGUAUAUUGUGGUGUAAUCGACAGGAAAAUAAUGCCACGGGCAUGUUUACAGGUUUUCUAUUGCACUAUUAAAUUCUCUUCAUGGUAUUUACAUCAGUGCUAAUUUAAAUGUGAUUAAGGUGAGGAAUCCUACAUACUUGCGUAGUAUUUGGUAUAUUGAUGGAGCAUGAGAUGGAGAAAUCUUUUGUGUGUCCAUUGAGCUUAUCUAUUUCAGCCAAAUCUGGAAGACUUGGUCAUCUGAUCUUUUGCACUACCCGAAGCAGCAUCCCCAAAGCCAAUACUUGUUCAAGUCGAUAAAUCAUAUAGUAAUACGAUAUUUUGUAAAUAGUUCUAUACUUAUAUCUGGUUGAAACUUAGCAUUUCCCAAGCACACUUACUUAUUAUUACUUGGUGCACAGCACUCUGGUGUUAACAAACUAACCAAAGAUGUAGGUGGCAAACUUAUUUGAUUAUAUCUGGACGGUCUUUUGACUGAAACAGAUUCAUGCUCAACACCCAACUGAGAAGAAAUCGAGCUAAUGCAACGUUUUUGACCCAAAAAGCCUUCUGCGCUUUGGAACAUGUCCAAUGCAUCAGGCCUUCUCGGUGCGACCAUUCCAAACUGUCACGUUCCCUUUGAAAAACCACAAAGUCAAUAGCGGCAAAUCAGUGUAAUCUGAUUUAUUUCAGUAAGAAAAUAUAUUGUACUUGCUUGGUACCUGGUAGCCAAUGGUCCCAGACAGCAGAGCCGAGAUUCACUCACUGACCCUCCUCAGAAGCCACUUUUGGAGACGGGGUAGAGACACACGUUGGUUUGCUUUCCCAUUCAGGGGGAAAUCACAGCACCAGAUGAGAUUCCAGAAAUCUAAAAUAACUGGCUAAAAGUGAAAAAUGCCAUGAAUAAGGGGAUCAGGUAUUGAGAUGAAAUUAAACGAUGAUUCAUUUGCUUUUUCUUUAAAUUUUCAAUUUUAAUUGAUGGCGAUUUUGAUGCCAUUAAAUGCAAAUUAAGAAAUAUUAAAAAAGUGACACUUCUA